AUGGCAGCUUUGGAGCACAGGCUCUCUGGCAUCCCGGCCCUGAGCGGGCAGCCCUCUUUGGAGGGGUUCCCAGGAGACAAGCUUCAGCCUCUGGGGUUCGCCCGGCAGAGUCCCCAGCUGGCUUCGGAGUGCAGGCCGGCCAGUGGACUGGAGCAUCCUUCUCCCUUGACUCGCUUUCCCCCUGUGGUGGAGCUGCUGACACCCAGGACUGGAGCUCAGAGUGGGAAUUAUUUCAGCUCUCUCUGGCCUCCUCUGCCUCCCUCCGGCAGAUUUGUGAGAGACGGACGGAGGACCAGAAGUCUUCUGCCCCCUGACCUGCCCCCGCCGCGUUUCCUGAGUCCGAAAUGUUUUGAUUCCUUCUCCACUCUUCGGCAGGCAGUUCCCUGGCUGGCCGGGCACUCUUUUGGCCCAGCCUCUCUGGUGACCUUCUGCAUUCUCUUCCAGCCUGCUCUGGUGCAGCCAUCCUGCCUCCAGGCACUGAGCCAAAAUAUCUGGGGCGGUGGCCGGCUGACCCUCCUUCAGCAGCAGAAGCUGGGUGUCACCACCACGCUGAGGUCAGACCAGCCCAAAGCUCUGAACCAGCUGUGCCAGGGGUCGCAUAGAAACAAGGUCAACCCAUUCAAGGCCGUGCCCCGUAUUCCCGUAUUGGCGGAGCGGUUUCCUCGGGCGGCCGGGCCAGGCCAAGUCACCGUCCGCUGCACGCCAUUCCUCGCUUCACCCUGCAAGCAGCAGGGUGGUGCAUCCUUUGCCCGCGGUCGGCCAGGCGGCGCCGCUGGCUCCAGUUUCCUGCCCGGGCCUCGCUGGUUGCGAGUUGCGAGGCGGGUGUUUUCCCGGCGGCCGGCCAGGCUGAGCCGCCGGAUCUCCAUUUUCGUCCGGGCCCUGCGUAAGCAGUGCAGGGCUGGGCGCAGAGCUUUAGCCUCCUGCCCGUCACUGAUGGUUGCCAGUGGUGGCGGGUGUUUUCCCGGCGUCGGCCAGGCCGGAGCCGCUGGACCCAUCUUCGGCCCGCUUUCCUGCAAGCAGCAGGGCAGCUGGAGCAUGCUGAGCUCUUUGGAGGUUAUGACUGCUGCAGACGUAGUGGAUGAAGAAGGGAAUUGCCCGGCUGGGCAGCUGUGUUUAGACCCCCGCACCAAUGAUUCAGCGGUGCUGGACGCCCUCUUUGAUGAGUUGAAUUCUGAGAACGGGUCCGUGCCCUUUGAGUACAGGAAAUGCUGCUAUGGGUACUGCAUCGAUCUUCUCGAGAAGUUGGCGGAGGACCUGCCCUUUGAUUUUGACCUGUACAUUGUGGGUGAUGGGAAGUACGGGGCGUGGAAGAACGGCCGCUGGACUGGGCUUGUGGGUGACCUCUUGAGUGGCACGGCCCACAUGGCUGUGACCUCUUUCAGCAUCAACUCAGCCCGGAGUCAAGUGAUCGACUUCACCAGCCCCUUCUUCUCCACCAGCUUGGGUAUCCUGGUGAGGAUCAGGGACACGGCGUCACCCAUUGGGGCCUUCAUGUGGCCGCUGCACUGGACCAUGUGGGUGGGCAUCUUUGUGGCACUUCACUUGACCGCUCUCUUCCUCACCCUCUAUGAGUGGAAGAGCCCCUACGGGAUGACCCCACAUGGCCGUAACCGCAUGAAGAUCUUCUCUUAUUCCUCGGCGCUCAACCUGUGCUAUGCGAUCCUCUUUGGGCGCACCGUCUCCAGCAAGACACCCAAGUGCUGGACAGGUCGCUUCCUCAUGAAUCUUUGGGCCAUUUUCUGCCUCUUGGUCCUUUCAAGCUAUACAGCCAACCUAGCUGCCGUCAUGGUGGGUGAGAAGACGUUUGAGGAGCUCUCGGGGAUUCAUGACCCAAAGCUGCAUCAUCCUUCACAAGGUUUCCGUUUCGGCACGGUCUGGGAGAGCAGUGCUGAAGAAUACAUCAAGAAGAGUUUUCCGGACAUGCAUGAGUACAUGAGACGGCACAGUGUCCCAACCACACCUGCUGGGAUAACCAUGCUCAAAACCAGCCCCCCGAAGCUGAACGCCUUCAUCAUGGAUAAGUCACUGCUGGACUACGAGGUCUCCAUCGACUCCGACUGCAAGAUGCUGACCGUGGGGAAGCCGUUUGCGAUUGAAGGCUACGGCAUUGGCCUUCCCCAGAACUCACCUCUGACUUCCAACAUCUCCGAGUUCAUCAGCCGAUACAAGUCGGCCGGCUUCAUGGACCUCUUGCAUGACAAAUGGUACAAGAUGGUACCCUGCGGGAAGCGUGUUUUUGCUGUCACGGAGACUCUCCAGAUGGGAAUCUACCACUUCUCUGGCCUCUUUGUCCUGCUUUGCAUCGGUCUCUGUGGCUCGCUGCUGACCUCCCUGGGGGAGCACAUCUUUUUCCGUCUCAUCCUGCCCCGCAUCCGACGCAAGAAGAAGUUCAAUUACUGGCUCCACACCAGCCAGAAAAUACACCGGGCUCUAAACAUGAGUUUGGAGGAACAGAGAAACAAGAGGCUCAACCUGGAGAAAAAGUGCAACAUUGAAAAGAGCCAGGAGGGUCAGGAGCAGCCCCCUGCCCACCAGCCCAGCUGGAACAACCUCCGCCGCGCAACAGUGAGGAAGGAGGACAAGCGGGUGCACUUCAACAUCGAGAAUCCGCCGGACGAGACGUCGGAGGAUGAGAGAGAAGCGCCCGUUUGGCACUGCAUGAAUGGACAAGAUCCCCAGCAGGCCAGCAAGGAGGCUCAGGAGAAGGAACUGGAGUUGCUGGAGAGCAGGAUUGCGGACAUGCGGGAGCAGCUCCGGGCCGCGCUGGUGCGGAAGAGCGAGCUGAUGGUGGCCCUGGGACCACCCCCAAAAGCCCCUCGGCUGCCCCCUGCCCUGAAAGCUCUCCUCAAGGAGAGCAAGGAAGAGAGGUGAUAGGGCCAAGAGGCCUCUAUUCCUCGGGUGGUGAGCGGGAGCCAGUCUCAACGUGAGAGGCAGGAAGUCCGCGGAGUGGCCCAUUGAGGUUGAACAAGGCAGGCAGAGAACUGGGCAAGCAGGAGAGGGUCUGGGUGGUCUUGUGGGCUGACCCCUUACUCUGCUUCCUCAACCAAAUUCUGUUCAAAAAGGCGACUGUCCGGGAAGGGAGGUAAACGGGGUCCAGGAUGUAGGAGGAGUUGCUUUGGCCUGCAGGGACCUCUGGAGCCCAAGAGGUUACCUUGGUCCAGGGCUCCUUCGUGUGUUCGGGGCAGCCUGCCUCUUUUGGGUUAGGGUGAGGGGGCAGGCCCCAUGCCUUGCCUGCAGGGUGGAACUCCACCAUCUCUGCGUCAAUGAGAAUCUCAAGCACGGGGGGGUGGGGGGUGGCAGGAAGCUCUUUUCCUCCCUCUCCGAGGCACCAGGAGAGGCGAGGCUAAGUCAGGUGGAACCAAAGGGGUUCCUUUAGAAGAGCAGCUGCGUUGUAUUGCGGGAAGUCUCCGGUUCAGGCCCCACCAGCACUGGUUUCAGGGGUCUCUGGUGCUGGGAGGGAGCCUUCCCUGCUUGUGAUCCUGUACAACUUUGGCCAGCUGGGGUGAGCGGUUGGAAGCCAGCCUACCCGAACCCUGGGUGGAGAAGUCAGCUCCAGAAAAGGCCAUUUUGAAGGCUUUAGUUCAGUGCUCAGUGUGAGGGGGCUUAAUCCUGCUUCUUAGCGGCUGCUGGGAAAGUCUUCCUCUUACCUGUGACCUUGGAGAACCAGGGCUGUCCCAUGCCAGACUCACCGCAAAAGGAAGCUGCAGUUGCUACCCUAGACCUGUCUGCAACCUUUAAAACAUCAUUUGUUUGGUGCCAGGCGAAGUUGGUGGCUUUGCUGACUGGUUGUCCUCGAUCACUUUGGAACCGGCAGCCACUCCUGUGGCCUUCCCUGUGGCACUUUUAGCAUGCUGGUUAUGGCUGCUGCCGGUCAGGAGCUCAACCAUGAUUGACAGUCCUGAGGGCCAAUCAGAAAGCCCUGUAGCCCUCUCCCAGAACCUUCACAUCUGUCACAACAUCUCACCUACUUAGCACACUAAAAGAACACCCUGAUGGCCACCACUGGCCACCUCUGGAGGGUGGAAAACGUGAGGGCACACCCUCGGAGGGAGGGAGAAAGGGAGGGAGGGAACCAUUCUCGUUCAGCCAAAACAUGGCUGGGGCUUCCUGUCUCUUGGAAAUCCUGUUUGGUCUAAGGCUUUCACGGCUGGACUCAACUGGUUGUGGUGGGUUUUCCGGGCCGUGUGGCUGUGGUCUGGUGGAUCUUGUUCCUAACAU